ACAGCAGUCAUGUUGGAAUUCGUCUGAUAUCCAGGCGCCGUCUUGUUUCGCCUCAUCCGCGGCGAGUGCUACACCAACCAGAUGCAAGACGACAUAUACAAGUACAAUAUUGAUAUUGAGAAGCCACGGUAUGAUCAGUCUACUUAUGUGGGCAGGGCGAAACACUUCUUCAUAACCACAAACCCCUUGAAUGUUCUCAAAACCCCUGCAGAGCUUGAAUCAGCCAGGAGCAUUGUCGAGAGGUACCGAGCCAGAGAGAGAUUGCCCAACCUUACGGUUGACGAAUUGUGGCAUGCUAAACAGGUGUACGACUCUGCUUAUCAUCCGGACACCGGCGAGAAGAUGAUGCUUAUCGGUCGGAUGUCCUUUCAAGUUCCCGGCAACAUGUUCAUAACAGGAUGUCUCCUCCAGUUUUACAAAACAACUCCUGCCGUCAUAUUCUGGCAGUGGUUUAAUCAAACAUUCAAUGCAGUGGUGAAUUACUCAAAUCGCAGUGGCGACACACCUAUCACUGCCAGACGUCUUUCCAUUUCAUAUAUGCUGGCAACCACUGGCGCUGUGGCCACCGCAUUGAGUAUCAACAAGCAACUCGAGGGCGCGCCGUCCUUGCUUGGGCGUUUUGUUCCCUUUAUCGCUGUUGCGGCUGCCAAUUGCAUCAACAUUCCUUGCAUGCGCAGUUUGGAGCUGUCCGAGGGCACCGUCAUCACUGAUGAGAACGGGGAGGUUUUGGGCAAGUCCACUGUGGUCGGACGGCGUGCUAUAGCCAAAGUGGUCUUUUCUCGAAUUCUCAUGGCAAUGCCUGGCAUGAUCAUUCCACCCUUCUUCAUGGACGCUUUGGAGAAGCGAGGCACAUUGGCUCGUUAUCCGUGGUUGGGCGCUCCACUCCAAGUAACCAUGUGCGGUCUGCUCCUGACAUUUAUGACCCCGAUGUGCUGUGCACUGUUUCCCCAAAUAAGUUCCAUCCCCUUCGACAGACUUGAAAAGAGAGUGCAAGCCAAAGUGCUCGAAGUGCGCAACGGCGACCCACCUGUUCGCGUAUACUACAACAAAGGUCUGUGAACAAUCAGUCCGACUCAGCUGAGUCUGUUGCAUUACCUCGCCUUUCGCCACACCAUCCGCUUUCUCCUCUGCUUCGGCCGAUUCAGCAUUGAUGCUCACCGCGGACUAUAUAUCCGUGUUGUAGCAGCUAUUCCACGUAUCUACCUUCUGCCUUUUGUUAAAUAUUUCCUUAUUGUUUCCAUAUUUAUUCCACAUACCAUAAUUUGUUUUACUGGCAAUACACUCAUUGUUGAGCUC